ACUCUGCAGUGCAAGAUUUUAAUAACCCUAUAUUACAUUGAGGGAAGAUGAAAACAAAACACCGUCAUCAAAUAUUUUCUAAAGACAGUAAAAAGACAGAACAAGGUCUGUACAAUUAAAAAUUCUUGUAUGAAAUGUUUACAGUGUGUCCGAGUAGUUUUCAUUAACAAGGUGUGUAUGCCUUGCAGGUGAUGUUUUCUAUGAGUAAGCGGCACAAUCAUAACAAAAUCACAUUCACUUGUCGCCACCUAUCGACGCAACGAUGUCACUGCAUGAAGAGUCACUGAGUGAACUGAUUCAAAAGAGUCACUGAGAUGAAUCACUAGCGCUUAUAGUGGGAGGGAAAGGGAGGGGCACGAAUGCAGUCCAUACCGAUGUGAUGCUGCUGCUCUAAACGCCAGUCUCACUCCCUGUCAGUGCCACUGCACGUCCACGAUCCAGACAUUACAGGAGUGUUGCACCGCGCAAAACAUUUCAGUAGCGUGUCUGAUGGAAACGGAGCCCGCCAGACAUGUGCGCGAACAUCCUCGGCGCGUUGAAAAGCCUGUUUAGGAAACCCUUUGAUGGUGGGAAGAGGACGAUGGGUCAUGGCAGUCAACAGCCACAAACUCAGCAGAUGCCAGGACCCUUCCCAGGUUAUUCACGUCCCCAGGGCCCCUACCCCGGGCAGCACCCAGCCCUGUUACGGCUAGACGAGGUGCAAAGGGAGAUUGCCACCCUGGGCCCACAGGUGUGCUCUUACAGCGGCCUGCAGAGCGACAGAGAGUACAAACGACUGGAGCGAGAGCUGACCCGAUUGCUGCUGGAGGUCGAUCAGGUGGAGACGGAGGGCCGGCCGGAGCUUCAGCAGGCUCGGAAGUGUGCGGCAGGAGAGGUGGAGGGUCUGCUUCGCUACCUGGAGGGUAAUGCCACGCAUCCGUCCCGGCUGGCCAUUGAGGAACUGACCCAGGAGGCGCAGUGCUUGCUGAAUGAAGGGGUCGUAGGGCCGUUCCGACAGGGCCAGGCUCAAGAUGCCUUUGAGAUCAGUGAGGAGCUGGUGGAGGCUGUGCAGGACGUGGCCAUGCGGCUGGCUCAGGUUAAGACGGGAGGGAGCGUUCCUCUCCGAAAGGCCCGUUACAGAGCAUUGACAAGGGUCUGUGCAGUACAGGAAAUACUGGAGGGUCGUGUACGCACUCAUACAUUGGCGCUGCCAUUGUCAGAUGACACACACGAGGCUGUGCAGCGUAUUAAUCAAGUCAUGGCCCAGGUGAGUGGAGCCCGGUGUCAGGAGGUGGCUCUGCUGAUGGGUCUGAGCGGGCGUGAUAGCUGUGCCCACCUGGCGAGGAUCCUUACUGAGCUGCUGGUUGAACUGGACGCCCUGGAUGUGUCUAGUGAUGCUGCAGUGAGGAACUACAGAAAACAAGUGGUGGAGGAGAUCAAUGGUCUUCUAAAACAUCUUGACCUGGAGGGAGAAGGAGAAGAAACACGCAGGUAUGAUCUAGCGCAGAAUGACUCGAUCCGUGAAAUCGAGGCGAUCAGGGGCCGUGUCUCUGAGCUACGGGAGGAGGUGCUCCGGUACGGUGCUUCAGGACAGGGGACGGAGCUGCAAGCUCUCCUCAUGCACCUAGAUCAGGUGGACACGGGGCGAAAUCCCUGCAUUCGUGAGGCACGGCGCAGGGCCGUGCUGGAAGUUCAGGCUCUCAUCACCUUCCUAGACCUCUGGGAAGCCCUCGGACGGCGUAACCCCGGAGCAGACGAGCCUCCGUCUCAUGCGUCUGUGUGGCGUGUCUUAGCCAGCCUGUGCGACCUGCAGGCUCAGGUUUUGGGCUUUGACGGCAAGAGGGCAGACAAGAGCUACAUGGUAUUGGAAGAGCUACUGACCAAACAACUACUGGCUCUUGAUGCUGUGGACCCUCAGGGCGACCAGGGGACCAAAAUUGCCCGUAAGCAAGCUGUUAAAUACGCCCAGAAUAUUCUUAAUUACCUGGAUAUGAAGACAGAUGAGUGGGAGUACUGAGAGGCCAAUAAAAGAGACUGAGAAUAAGGAAAAGCUUUUUUGUCUCUUGUGCAACAUGUGAGGACACGGUCGUGCUGAGGAUACAGUCCACAGGCGGAAUCCUUAAUUUGUCUAUAAAAGACUUUGUGUAUUGCUGUGGGCAGUUAGACUGUUACCCAUGAUGCACUGCACCUGCUGCUUUUAUUGGCCCAUGACUGGUCCCUGAAAACUGCCUUUCUUCUGCAAGAAGGAAAUGCUGUUUCUAAUCCACAUGAAUCAUUUGUUUUCAGGACAAUGACCCAUGACGAUCUUUUUAGUUGAGUCUGUGCUUGUGUGAUUGGUGUCUGCUGCCAAAAUCUGCUUCCUGCUUUUCCCAACAUGCCUGUGUGGAGCACAUUUCAGGCUUUGUCAUGGUGCGUGUACAUCACCCCUUCAUUCCUAUCCAGUUAAGGCAAGUAUAGGCGCGGAUGAUCCCGUUAUGACCACAACAGUUGAGCAAUGGGCCAUUUCCUGUUAGUCACACAUAAUGGAAAAGGCAUUUCAAGCUGUGUCAUAAGUUUAAUCUCUUCUCUAAGUGGCACUGUCAGAGCCUGAGCUCUCCUCGAUACAAUUAUUAGCCGAAUAUAAACAACAACUGGCCCAGUGGAACAAUAUUUGAUCAUUUUCUGGCACCUUCUUCAUAUAUGUCCCAGUUUAUGUUAAAAAAAACGUUAUCUUACGAUAGAUGAGAGAGAAUAAUCAGUUUAAAGGUGAAGUGUCAUUUCUGCACCAUUAGUGUCACCAAGUUGACAUUGUUUACACUGUACAAAAAUCAAUCAGAUUUCUAACCCUUCCUGCGGUUUUGUCAGAUUUCAUAGAGGACUUGUGACCACAAUUGCAAUGAGAUAUUGUCUUUGGAGACAUUUCUGUUUACUAUCAAUAUGGAGGACAAAAAAUAGAAACUAGUUUCUUGUCUUCUGCAAUUUUUUUUUUUUUUUGCUGUUAGGCAAAGGUGCCUGUGCAGGCAACUAGGGAAUCGAGCAGAGACUGAAAGAGUGUGUGUCUGUGAUCAUUAAAAAAGAAAAAAAAGAAAAAGUGGUGCAUGCUAUUUUGGUGGUGAGACUGAUCAAAGUAGACCGGGGCAUAGUACAUUUUCAUUUGAGCAGACCCAUUCAUUCACUACCUUCACACAGAACAAUGUGACCCAAUAUGUGUCUGUGUGUUACACAUGAUAGAUCUGGGGGUUUUGGGAUGACCGCAUGACGUUUAUAUUUGGUUCACUUUCAUAUGUGGGAAUAAAUUAGACAAAAUGAGUCCCACAAGUGACUUUUGUUGUGAACAAAAGGGUUUUCAUCAUAUUUGCACAUUGGAUUUACCCUUGGUUUGAAUCAGACACUGGUAUGAAUUACACUCUAUAAAAUAGUACACAUAAAGAUGCAAAAGUAUAUUUACUUAUUCUGUUUCUUCACUGUUUACUCUCAAACACUGUGGCUUUGUUUGAACUGUAACUAUAAUUCGGCACUACUGUGGAGGUUUUAUUGGCUGAUAAUGAAUAGUUAUCUAGAGAGCAGAACAGCCAAUGGCCAAUGUAUGAUAAUAAAUGCAACAGUGGAGUUCUGGAUGUAAAAAAAUCAUAUUCAUUUUCUCCAUAGAGGAAUUAAUUUGAAUGAUAACUUGUUACUGUGAACUAUAUGGUUAAUGGAUGGGAUAUGCUUUUUUCUUGAAGCAUAUUUCAUUACUUCAAUAUAUAAAUAUAUAUGCAAAGAAAUAUCCACCACCUGAUAUUCAAAUACGUUUUUGCUUCAAAACUAAUGUUGUAAUUCAAUUUAUUUAUUUAUUUUAUUUUUGAUUGUCCAAAAUAUUUGAAAUAUUUUGAUGGGUAUUAUGCAUUGAUUAUCUAAUUGUUUGUAGACUUAUGGAAGUAACAUUAGGGAUUCCCAGCAGGCAUAUAUAGUAUAUAUUGAUCUAUAACAAGUAAUGAUAAAAAAAAUGUGACAAUAUAAGUUAAAUAUUCUAAUUAAAUACAAUAAAAAUAUCAUGUUACAUUGUAUUAUGUAGGCUGUAAACAUGUCAGGUUCAGUCGUUUCAGAAUGAAUUGCUCGAGUGAAUGAUUCAAUUACUCCCUUCUAAAGAUCAUCCCUUUUCAAUUCUUGAAUGAAUCAGUGUUUUUUAAUACAACUUUUGUGCAUUGCCUGUUUAGAGCAGUGUAUGAUAUAAACUACAUUCAAUUAAGUCAUGUAAACAACUUUACAAAAAAAAAAAAUCAUGCUGGAUUUGAAAAAUGAAUUGGGCACUUGAGCUUGCAGUGUGAAAUAGUCUAUUAAAACCCCUCAGAGACGGUUGAGAAAAGGUUGUAGGAGUAGUUUGUCUGUGGUUAAAACAGCAGGAAUAUCCAGUUCCACUGAUUAAAUAUUGAUCACUGAGGCCAGGUGCUGGUUGUACACUUUCCCCACCUCCUGUACGCCAAACGAUGAGCCUCAUUUUGGGAAAUAAUAUAUCGUGUGAUCUGUAUAAUACUGCGCUGUUGAUUCUCUCUCUGCUCAUUUGAGCUCUCUUUAGGUUACAAUGGUUUGUUCUGAACGAGAUCGUUGACUCUGUUAGCUAUCUGUUUCAGUCGUGUCCCACUUACUCUGUGGACACUACCCUCUGUCCUGCUCCACAUAAGAGCACGUCCAGAUAAAUGUACUGUCAGCAGUCCUGAAGCAACAUCACAGUUAUCAUCAAAGAAAUCACAUUGUGCUUGGAUUAAACACAGACACUCUUAUCGAAGGGCUUUUAAAAAAAAAUGAUAAUAACCACACAGGGGCUAGAAGUCAUAAGUAGUGCCCGAGAAAGAAAGGAGCUGCAGAAAAAAGGAAAAAGCAAUAGGUUGUAGUCAGAACAGAUGAAUCCAGACUCCGUCAUUGUCUGGCAGAGUCCCUGCGGUGGGCAGAGCUGGCGGUUCAUCUGAGGAAGAUCCUCCAUCAGUCAAGGUGAAAUACACACUCCAGAAGCACUUUAAAACAGUCUUGCACUACUAGGUGUUGGCUCUUCUAAACCCACAGAGAGAUGGCAAAGAUGUGAGAUCUCAGUUCUGCGUAACCAGAUUUUUCCUGCAGAACAUGCAUAGGCUGCAUACACACUGCAGGUCAAUUUUGCGCAUUGACUCUCUUCAUUAGAUCAGUGUGAUGUAGCUAUUUGUUAAUGCAGUGGAACUGCUAAUUAUACACAAUAGAUUGUGCUAGAAAAUGACAGGAAUGUAUCUCAUUUGCAUGUUGUCUUUCCACUGCAGUUCUCUGCCUUGAGGUCGCCAGAGAUUUUGAUGAACUCGCAGCGAUGAGGGGAUGCUCACACACAAGAUUUAUCCUUGAUUUACAAAAGCCGCUAGAAGGAAAACAAAAUUGGGCAAAAUGCAAAGCCGAACCAUGAACAUAACACAGCCUCUUCAAAAAUGCAAAUGUAGACUCCCCAAAAAAUUGGUCUCAAAAACUGGAUUUCUGUAGACGCAGGAUAACUCAAAUUUCCCAGCUGUUAACGUUUCUAGUCUCCCAACAAUAGCUAAUAACAACAAACAGGUUUAAACAGUUGCCAUGUGCGUUUCUUCUUCACAGCCACAAAAUGCUGUCAACCAUCACAAUUGAAUUUCUGUUUACAUUCAAUAUGAUCAUUUAGGAGAUUCUUUUAAUUUUAAAAGUUUAAAGGAGUGUUUGCAAAGGUUAUUAUUAUUACAAACUAUAACUUAGGUUGUAAUGGCCUGCACUGCUUACAUAUUUAAUGUGUAGUUCUUCUCUACCUUGCAUUUUUAUGUCCAUUUAACCUUCUUGUGACUAACUUCACAACUUAGUGUAAACGAGAUACUAUUUGUUGCUAUUCAUACUUCGAGCAAACUGUAUCUAACACUAUUUUCACUCGCUUUUGCUUCACACUCAGUCUAGUCGCAGCCACAUUUGAAUGUAGUUUUCACACCCAAAACUUUGAAGAAAAUAUCGAAAAAUAGUAAUAACUGAAUUGGUCCAUAUUGAUCUGUUUUACAGGUGUUUUACCUAUUUUUAAUAAUAUACUACAUUGUGUUCUGUUGUAGGGUUAUUUAACCCUAACAUAUCAUGACCUGACAGAAAAUGACCAGCUCCUUUUGUGUUUUUCGACUGAUCCACACCACAUCUGGAGCAUUAGAUUAGUUUGAUAUGGCUAUUAAACAUGGCACAGAGUUCUAUUUUAGUUUUACAGUGUUAUGUGUAGUGUAAAUCUCCCUCCAGACUCCCUCGUCUCUCCACAGAUCUCCGUCUGACGAUUGCUCGGUCACAGCUGAGUCACCCUGAUAUCUGCAAAACUAUCUCCAUGGCUACAAUCACAAAUCAAAUCCAUUCUGACUGUUGAAUGGCGCUUGAUAGCAGAUUAUGGCACUUUAUAGGUCAAUGAGUCCUCUAGGAAUAUUAUAGAUUCUCUUGAAUGUGGUGAAUUAAUAUUACCUUGAUUGUAUUACAGGAUGAGCUUUCAAAACAGAUAUUUGACUCCAAGUUCAGGCUCUCGUCCUGCUUUAAUGUAAUGAGCGAGCAUUGCACCAGUCUUUUUUGAUUUUGUUUAUGGCAAUUACAGUCUUUAUUAGUAGCGAUAUGACUGACAUUACACAGGGUACAAACACCAUAAAACCCAUUACUCUGCUCGCAAGAUUGAGAAUGUAAUGAAGAAUGUCCAUCUUUAUUUAUACCAAAGUUGUUUUUAACUUCUAUUAUCUUUUUAAUCACUUUAACUAAAAAAAGCUUUGGUUUUCCUAAUCUGACCAUCUGUCUGGACGAAUGUGUUUUUGUGGUGAUCUGUGAGAUUGUCUAAAUGUGCUAGUCUGCUAUUUAUGAUGUUCAAUGAUAUCUGUGUACAGUAUAUUGUCUGAUUAUGAUAAAAAAAAAAAGAGCACAUUACGUUCAAACUGCUGUGGGGAUGCUUUGUUCAGCAGAGUGGUUGGAUUUUUAAAUAAAAGACGGUGAUCUGGAAAUAA